AUGGAAUAUGUUAAUUCGGAUGUUGUGAACACGUUUGGUAAUCUUCUAAGUAGAUGUACAGCAUCGGCUAUAAAUCGUGAUCAGAUUUACCCCAGAAAAGACCAGGAUACCUACAUCAGUUCAAUAACUGCGGCAGAUAGAGAAACUUUUGAGAACAUCGAAAUACUUAUUGACACAGUGGAGGGAUAUUAUCAGGAUAUGAUGAUGUACAAGGCUAUAGAGAGCAUCAUGUCGUAUCUAAGAUGGGCGAACGGUCUAGUUGAGAACCACAAGAUUUGGGAUCUUGCCAAAUCGGACCAAGAAGCAGACGUUCUUCACCUCAAAUGUGUCCUUCACCUUGCAUUAGACACUUUGAGAGUGAGUGGAAUCUUGCUACAGCCUGUGAUACCAAACAUAUCUGAACGCUUGCUGAAUAGGCUCGGAAUUCCUAAGGAUAGGCGAACAUUUGAAUGUGCAAGGAAACCAUAUUUGAACUCUCCAGAGCUACCUUUAGGACCAAAUGAAGGUGUUCUGUUAAAAAGAUUGAAAAUAAAUUAG